AAAAAAAAAAUUCAAAACCCUUAGCUAAACGUUAAACCCUACUCCUUGACCUCUUUCUGCAACUCCAUGCUCAAACAUGCGACCUCUCUACAAUUCCUUUCCUCAGCAACCUAAUUCCUCCACUGCUCCACCUUCUCAACAGGUUAUGCCACCUACUCAUUCAAAUGCAAAUUCAUCUAAUUUAGUGCAAAAAAACACCACGAAAUUUCGACCCCAGUUUGGCAUGAACAACAAUCCUCAAGUUCAAGUCCCUUUCAAUAAUUCCAAUAUGAGGCCUUCCAUAAAUCGACCUGGUUUCAUGAACCCACCUUUGCAAAAUUCUCAUCUGGGUAUGCCCCAUUUGGGUUCUCAACCGGGUCAGUCCCAUGUGGGGUUCAGUCCACAAAACAAUGUAAGCAAUAUGAACCCGGUUCAAGGGUUUCCGGUUAAUGGGCAAUUCUGCAAUAUGGCGCAGAAUCCGAACCAAGUCAAUGUUUCUCAGCCUGCUUUUGUGCAUAAUAUGCAGAAUUCAAACCAACAGCUCAAUCAAAACAUGGGUUUUCCAAAUGGGCAGUUUUGUAUGCCCAAUAUGUUGCAAAAUAUGAACCAAUUUAUGCCCACCUUGCAAAUGCCAAAUUCUUCUCAAGUUGUUUCUUAUGGUAUCCCUUUUUGUCCUCCAUACAUGGGUGUUCCGAAUCAAGCACCUCGGGCCACAGUUCCUCAAAAUCCCACCUUUUUCGCAAAUUCGCAGUUUGGUCUUGGUCAUUGUAAUCAGGUCAGGCAGCAAGUUAAUCAGAAUCAGCAAAACUUGGUUCCACCUACGGCAAAUGCAAAUGCAUUAAAACCAUCGCCUUUUGCAGCUCAGCAAUUGCAAGGAGGGAACUUACCUGCACUGCCUAAUCAUUGUUCAGUUCAACCGCAGGGGAAUCUUGUUAAUAAUGGUGGGAUUGAUAACCCAAGCUCCAACAGGCAAGAUUCACCAAACAAAAACUACACUAUGAAUCCAAAAGGAGGGCAGUUGCGAGGGGGAUUUCAGAAGUCUCAGUUUCAUCGUAUGAAAAAUGCAAAGAGAGGGUUUCCUAACGAACACAAGGGGAAAGGGUUUAGCAAGGAGAAGGCAGGAAAGUUUGGUCACGUUAAUUCCAACAACCAAGCCAGGGGUCAGAAGAGAUCUCUUUCUUUGACCUACACGGAACAAGAAAUCCAACAUUGGUGUGAAGCACGUCGGAAGAACUACCCAUCAAAAGCCACCGUAGAGAAGAAGCAGGGUCAGAAGCUAGCAGAUGCUGAGGGUAUUGCUAGAGAGGCCAAACUGCGAAGAGAGCAACUCAAGGAGAUUCUAGCAAAGCAAGCUGAAUUGGGAGUUGAAGUUGCAGAGGUACCAUUACACUAUCUAUCAGAGUCGGAGAAACAAGGGCAGAGAAGGGAAGAAAACAGAAUGCCAUUUACAAAGAAAGGGAGAUUCCGAAACAGGUUUGAUAAAAGAGGAAGAUAUGAAAAAAAAGACCGGUUUGCUAAGAAGCAGAAGCUUGCAGGCAAAGAUUCAUCUGAUGCCCCUUCUUUGAACAAGAAAAAGCCAACAUUACUGCAGAAGCUUCUCAGUGCAGAUGUAAGGAGAGAUAAAAGCCACCUAUUGCAGAUUUUUAGGUUCAUGGUGAUGAACUCUUUCUUCACCGAUUGGCCUGAUAAACCUCUAAAAUUUCCUUCAGUGAUAGUUAAAGAAAGUGGGUGUGAGAGUGAGGUGGUUGAAGAGAAAUCUUCACCUGUGGGAAAAGAUGCUGAAGGUGGCAACAAGGCUGUGGUUAACAAAUCCCAUGAUGAAGAUGAUGAUGAAGAUGAUAAUGGUGUAGAUGAAGACAAGAAUGAAGGUGAUGACAAUAAUGAAUUGUCUUAUUUUACUAGGAUAGAAGGUAUAAUCGGGGAGAGAACUGAGAUACCUGAGGAGGAAGAGGGUGAAAUUGUUGACUAUAAUGAUACUCUUCCUCUCUAAGCAUUGUGCUGAAAGUUCAGGUUAUCAAACAAUUAAAAUUUUGAGAGAAUCAGGGAUGAAAAGUUCAAUGUAAUUAUAUGCUAAAGCAAAACAUGAUCUCUGUGCCUCAGGUGUGCACACACACACACACAAAUUGUAAGUUUUAGAAAAAUUCCACUUGAAUCUCCCUUAUCAUGA